GUUUAGUGACGAACGAGAAUCGCUGCGGGUAGUUGGCAAGGUUCGCCAGGAAGAAAUCGCUUUUAUCAGGAGAAUUUAAGUUUGGCUGGACCAGUGCUAGGUGAAAAUUCAUGGAAAAUGGUGAACAUUUCGACCGGGUGACAAGUUUGAAGAUGCAAUCGAGCUUGGCUACUAGUGAAUGAGCCGCCUGGUCAAGUGAUAUGCCAAGUCGGGAAGAUCCAGUGCUAGCAAGUGUUUGCAAUGAUAGUGAUUAAAGUGAAAAUUAAACUGAUGAGUGUCGUCGACAAGUGCUGCUGCUGCUGCUCCUUCUACUCGUUGUAAACGGGACAGAAGAACGUUCGGUGACACGACGGCCGACGUGUGACUUCCGGUAUCCGGGGUUUUGUCUCACAGUGCUGGAAGCUGGAGACGACUGCACUGACUGCAGCAGAGACUGUGUAGCAGAAGGCUAGCAGGCUAGAAGUAGGCAAACAUGGGCAACUACUGCAGCUCGGGACAAACCAAGAAGGACAAGGACAACGCGUCGGAGAAGUCCGAAGAGUCCCCCUCGUACCAGCUCGCGGACAAAAGCAAAACCGGCAAAGCCAACGAUGCGAAGGAAGCUCCCCUGGCGGCCCCGGAGGUCACUUCCGACGGGUCGGGCAUGGGCCCGGUGUCGAACAACUCGACCGCCAGCGGUGGGCCACCUUUGGCUUUCGAGGGCAACAAGGCGCAGCAGAAGGCCCUGCAGAACGUGCAGUCCAUCACGCUGUCCGCAGACUCGACAACCAACAGCCCGAUGGCCGCGACGCCCCCGUGUGACAUCCCGGCGGUGCCAGUGCAGCAGAGCCUGCCCCAGAGCUUGACACCGUUGUACGGCAAGCCCUCGACCAACCGGCGCACGGAUAAAUACAAAAAAAUCGUCCUCUACAUACUGGCGGCCGAUGAUGGCUACCAGUCGGAGAAGUCCGUUCUGCGGGAUGUGUACAAGGGUUUGAACCAGAAAUGCCAGAGCCGGGGCUUCGAGCUGCACGUUUCGGAUCUGCACGUGAUGCAGACGAAGGGCAGCGGCUUCGACGUGAACAAGUGGUUCAGCGGUCCACUGGAGGCCCAGGGUGGCCACGAUCUGGCCGCCAACUGUCUGGCGGAAAUUGCGCGCCAAUCGUGCGACUCGUAUCUCAUUCCAAUCCUGUUCCUGAGUUCGACCCUGGGCGAUCCGCUGCUGCCGCUGACCAUCGAGAGCCAGGACUUUGCGACGGCCCUGCAGACCGUGGCCGAGUCCAGCCCGGCGGCCGACCGGGCCAUCCUGGAGAGGUGGUACACCCUGGAUGACAAAUCACAACCGGCGUGCUACCGGCUGAACGCCAAAAAUAGCUCGAACCUAUCGUCGGAGGAAUCGGAGAAGGAGCUGUCGACGCUGUUGAAAAUUUUGAUUGAUAUCUUCUCGAAGGAGCUGCGUGACUCUUACCUGACCACGGUGGUCGAGCAGGAAAUCAACAAUACCGUACUGAUCAACCAGGAGCUGUCGAAGCGGUGCAUCUGGGUGCAGAACUCCGUCGCACCGUUGAAGGUCACGGAGAACUCCUCGUCGGUGGAGGCGGAAAUGAUCCGAAGAUUGAGCAAUAUUCAGAAUGAUCUUAAGAGUCACCUCGCGGAAAAGCACAUCAUCCGCAUCCCGGCGAACGCGGCCCAACAGCAGGAUCAGUUCGCGAGCCUGCUGGACGGCUGCCUCUCGUCGGUGAUCGAUGCCGUGAUCGACGAGCACGCGAGCAAAUACUCGAUCCCAAUGUGCACGUUUGGGGUUGAUCGUCGACUGCUAGGCGAACUGGAGGAGGUCAAUCGGCGCUCGCGCGUUUUGAACGAAAACUGCGCCAACUUUUCCAUUACGGACCGCGUGAAGGAAUAUCUCACCAGCAAACGGCGGAAACCGCUGGUGAUUUACGGGAAAACGGGCGCCGGCAAGAGUGCUCUGGUGGCGAAAAUCUCCCACAAUGUGCACACCUGGCUGCCGGAAUCGCAACUAGUAUUAAGAUAUGCCAACUUGACUACGUUGAGUUCGGAUGUCACCUCGCUUCUGGGAUCCAUCACGGAACAGUUGUCGGUGCUAGUUAAGGGUGUACCAACCAGGUGUAACCAUACCAUUGAGUCCUACUCGGAAGCGCUGUUGGAACUAAUCGAGUCCAGCAAGCAGCAGGUCACAAUCCUAAUCGACUCCGUAGACAGCUUGCGCGAUUUGGACGACCUCGGGUGGCUACCGCUGGAGCUGCUGGACAACGUCAAGCUGAUACUCACCGUGACGUCCAACUGCACGGAUGUGGCCCAGCUGGCGCAAGACCAGGACGAAGUGCUCAAGCGGUUGAAGGACAAGAUCGGUGACGCGGAAAGCUUCCUCUAUCUGAUGCCGUUCACCCAGGAGCAGUGGGAAGAUGUGCUGUGCUUCGGCGGUGGCGACAUCUACUCGGCCAACGGCGCCCUACAGUUACCUGAAAGUUGGAAGAAAUCCAACGAGAAAAUCUCCGUUCAAGCAAAGAUCCUCUGGUGGCUGGCUUGGCUCGGCGUGACGGAUCUGACGGACACGUCCGUGUCCCACAUUAGCGAUAAGGUGUUCGUUAUCCUGGAGGAGAAGUUCACGGCGGCCGUGACACGGUUCAUCAUUUCGUUGCUGCUGGCGGCCCGCGAAGGGCUGCUCGAAACGGAGAUUAUUACGCUUAUUAGGAAUUCUAAUUUAGUUACCGGAUCCACAACCAAGCUGUGGACGCACUUUUGCUGGAAAAUGGGACCAUUAUUUUUGCACAACAAAAACAUCAUCGUGGUGGACGGGACGCUGCGGCAAAUCGCAGCACGACGCUACGAGCAGAACAUCGCCGAGGCGCACAAAAUCCUGCACGAGUACUUUGAGAAGCAGCCGAACAGCUUCGCGGACAAAAACGGGAAGGACAAGUGCUUCAACAUGAGAAAGUUUGUCGAACUGCCCUACCACAAGUACAAGCUGGAGACGGCUGACUUUGCGAAUUCCUUCUACCUGACCAACCUGAAGUGGCUGCACGAAAAACUAAUCGCUACCGGAUGUGUUCAUUUGUUAAACGAUGUGUGCUUAGUAAACCUAGCUGACGGCAACAGCAACAGUAGCAAUCCCGCGGCCCAUCUGGUGCUGCUGAAGGCCCUAUUGGAGCGGCACUUCCGGGCCCUGAACUACGACGGGCAGCAGUUCUUCUCGGUGCUGCACGCCUGCAUCGAAGCGUCGCCCAGCCCCGAUAACGAGAUCCUGAAGCAGUGGCGCCAGUUUAUCGAAACGAGCUCCGUGAGUUACUUGCAGAAGCUGGAGCUGAGUGAAGCGGAGACGACGGAGGCGGAGCCGAAACCGGAAGGGGAAAAGAUGGACGCGGAGAAGCCAGCAGUGACCGGUUACGAUCUGCUCAUGAAUCUGAACAUUGACGGCUUUUUCGUGAUUUCGUUGAGCACGGAAAGGGAGGAGAUUUGCGUGUGGGAUGUGGCAAAGUGCCGCAAGGUACGUACCCUGCUGGGCGUUCCGCAACCGUCGGCAAUCUGCCCGGUCGGCGAGCACGGUGUGGCGGUUCUGUGCCGUCGCGAGAUUCGAAUAGUCAACCUGGACGAAGGCAAGUUUAAGGUUACGCUGAAGGGCGUCAUGAACCAGAAGAUGCCCUACUUUGGGCUGCACGAUGCCGCCCAUCUGGUGUGUCUGUCGCGCAACCGGAUGUACGUGAACCUGAUGAACAUCGAGUCGGGUGACUGCGUUACGACGUUCAAGGCCGGCGAAGAUCGGUUCCUCAACUCGCUGCUGGUGUCCGGCGAUGGACGAAUCUUGGUGUGCGGCGAUGAAACUCAGAAACCCUUCCCGCUGCUCGUGUGGCAUCUGUCCCAGAAGAAGUUGCUGUACGAUCUGAGGAUACCGCACCACGACUUCAUCACCUCGCUUUCGGCCAUCACCCACGAGGGCUCGUACGUGUGCGUAGUCGCGAAGGAGUUGGCCGAGCCGAGCCCGAACUUUAUCGUCGUGUACGACCUGCAGAGCGGCACCCUGUUCAAGAAGUGGAAACCGUCGUGCAACACCGUUUCGUUGGCCAUUUCCCAAACCAAUACCUGCGUCAUUGCGGGGCUGGAGGAUGCGAGGAUUUUGAUCUGGGAUUUGGUUACCGGAAACUGCCGCUGCACGCUGACCGGCCACAAUGCCCCGGUGACGCUGCUCAAGCUGGAUCCGUCCGGGAAGAUGUUGCUCUCUGGCGAUAAGGAAGGUCGAGACCUGUCCAUCCGGCUGUGGGAGCUGGACAGUGGCAAGAUGCUGGCCGUGUACACCCCGGAGGAACGCAUCACCACCUGUGAGAUCCUGAGCGGUGGCCAGUACCUAGCGCUGGCACUGGAGAACCGACUCAACAUUAUGACGCUGAAGUUGCGCGACGGCGGUGAUAAACAGGGCGACGGCGAUAAGUCGAGCGUUGAGUACGGGCAGGCGGAAAAUUGCGGCAAAGUUUUUGAUUUGAAGCAGUAAACUGAGCAGUGUAAAGUUUAAUGCAUUUACAAUCAUAUGUUUUCUUGUUAUGUUCCUUGUUAUGUUACGUUUUGUUUAUUAUUUGGGCGGCGAGAGCUUGUUCAACAAAAUCUAUUUUAAAAAGAAGGCACAUUAAAUUGUUUGCUUCUAUAUUGGCCGAAUAUCGCGGCAAAAAAUAAAACAACGCACCAAACCAGUCAUUAAAACUCAACAAAAUUUUACUCGGAUCGUUACUACACCUAAAAUAAAUAUGCUAAAAAGAAUCAAAUCCAAUCCCACUCGAAAUACGAAUUUGUAGAUAUGCGAUAGCUGACGACGGAUAUCCAACUAGACAAAGUCAAGUCUUACACUAAAAAUCGCGGCAGCAUUCAUCAGUUGAAUCGUAAAGGUAGAUUAUAGAACAAGCAUGUUUAAAAUUGGCUAAACUUGCAAGCGAACCUGCUAAAAUGCUAAACUAACCGUGAAGGCGCCAGAACUAUGUGAAUAGCUUCCACUCGUUGUAGUUAUGUUGGACAGAAUUCAAAUCAUACGCAAAUAGUGGUAGAAACAAAUAGGUACAUUUGUGUAGCAAACCAUCAGAAAACAGAAAAGUAACGCGAACAAAACAAAAAACAGUUAGAAAAAUUCAUAAUCGUAUAAGAAUGUGUCUAAACAUAAUCAUUAGGUCGUUGUAAGUGAACACAUAAACUGAAAUCCUUGUAUUCACAUGAGUGUGUGCGUGUGGAAUUUGCUACCAAACACACACCUAGCUAAAUAUAAAACAAAAGAUCCGAAUUGAAAUCUACCGUGAGCUAGGGGCUAGAAGAUGCAAAAAUAUAUUAAACAUUAGAUUUUGAGCAAUUGUACAGUGCAAGAAUGAUGUAGCAAGAGUGCGUAGCAAGUCGUGUUCGCCAAACUGUCAACGUCAACUAGUAAUGACCCAAAGUGAAACAUGUCUGUGUAGUGGUGCAAAUUUGGGACUUUCCACGGACCAUCCUAAUCCAUAUCUAUGAUCAAGUCGUCUUUCAAUUUCAUGAUAUGUCGCAAGAUUCGUUUUCUUGCAAAUAAGGAUAUGUGUAACCGAUUCCAGAUUGGCCAAGUUGAGAUCAGUACGGUUUGACCUUUUAUUGUCAUAUUUUUCAAAUAAAGGCGAUUGACAUGUUACAUAGAUAAAAGUGUCUCAUGAAAGUAAUCAAGUUGGCUGGUUUUCUGGUAACUUGGAAUUGGUUCCAGGUUAACCGGAGUUGACCAAUAUAACUCCAGAGUGAAUUUAAGAAUCGCAAUCUUGCGAAAAAUAAAAAAAUAAAAGCAAGAGAGAAGAGAUACUCCAUCGAAUGUCUCUCUCAAUUAGUGCACAUUUAAAUUCAUUUGAUUGCGAUUAUUACAUCGCUUCCACUUUUUAUCGACCCAAAGGGCCAAAAUUGGAUGGUCGUUUAAUGUAUACAAAAAACUCCUACAAAUUUUAACAAAUGAGCAUUUUCUGCAAAAAAAAAAAAUGACUUCAUCCGGUCAAUUCCAAAUUGUCAGUUUAACUCUUCACAAUCCCAAAACAAACAAAAAAUCAAUUUAAGGACUAGGAUGGUUCGAUUGCGCACCGGAUUCGAUUGCGCAACGGGAAAGUGUAGAACUUGUACCGGUCCAAUUCCUAAUGGUGUAAUGUGCAUUAGUUUAGGUUAGUUCAUCCUCGUUGGUGAAGUGCUGUAGAAAUGAUGGUCUCUUUUUUGACUUUCCUUCCUCAAUCUAUCAACUGUUAGGCUUCCAUUUUCAAUUAGCAAACAUUUUUUUGUAGGUUAGAAUCAGUUAAUCAAUUCGCACAAAAUGAUCCAAACUAACUAUCGUUACGUUAUGUAGAUUUUGUUUUGUUUUGUUUUGAGUAUGACGUUUCAUCAAAACUUUAACAUUUUUUAAGCAUUCUGAAAUGUUCUUCUCAUACAAUUGAAUUUCAACUUCAACACAAAAAAUUUCCUAAAUGAUAUAAUUUAGUUUACAGUGUAGUGUAGACCCACAUUUGGUCUUCAUGUCGUUCGCGAUCUAAACUAGUUAGUUUAUUGAAAAUAGUUUUAAACAUGUCUUAUUUCAUUACAUAUACACAAACUGCAAACAAAGAAGGUAACCAAUCAACCACGAAAACACAAAACUGAUGAAACUGAUGAAGAAACCGAAAAUACCAAAGCAUACCUUAGUUACGCCCAACACUGUAACAUGUAGUGAAAUGUAAAAGAAACAAAAGCACUAACACAAGCUCAUCUGGUAUGAGGAACAAGGCUGGUCCUUUGAAAAACCAAAAAAAACAAGUAACAAAAACUGAAACAAACAAAAAAACCCAUUUGUUAGGAAAAAACCAAUGGUCUUAGUGUUUUAACAAUGAUUUAAUAAAAAAUACCAAAGGGAUGUUCGGCAUUACACCUAUACACACAUAGGAACUACAAUCAAGCAGUACGUAUAAGACUAAACCACAAAAAAAAAAGAAUAUUUAUCCCAAACUUUCAAAAGUGGAUCCAAAAUGACCAACACAAAUUAUUUCACACGUGUGUAGAAUCCAACCUGUGGAGAGGAGCUAGGACGUACAAAACCUACAAACAUGAUACACCUACAAAAACACAAAAACUUCAGCAGAGGCUGGCGGAUUCGUUAGUUGCAUGAACGUGUAGAACAGAACAACUCGUCAAAUCAUAGCGAAUGCAUACAUGUCACUUAGCGGAUGGAUAAUGGUAGUUACAGAGAUGAAGAGAAAAAACAAUUCGAUUACACGGUGAACAGAAUUCGACAAAUUAAGACAGAAAAGGAAAAAGUAAAGAUCAAUCACAAGUGAACAAAACCAAACUGUUGGAAGAAAUUGAUGGAACCUUGCUGAUGGAAAUGUUCAAAAUCUAAGCCAUUUUUGAUGUGAAAUCUUUUAAGUCAUAUUGUAUUCGUUAUUUUUAAUUUGUAUGUGUGUAUUAUUAUAUGACAAGAAAAUCUGAGAAAAUAUAUAUACAAGUACAACGCUAUCGAUGCCACUGGA